AUGAGUGUCACUCCUCAAAUGUCCGGUCAAGCUUCGUGGGAAAUCUAUCGUAAACUGUGCAGUAUGCGACAACUGCUGAAUCGACAGAAACAAGAACAAUCCCCCAGGAAGAUCUCUGGCACAUACACAGCAGCCACAAGCAAAGAGAUCCGAGGAAGUAGAUGGUGUGAUGCAACAGACACGCCUAAAUAUGGACUUGCCUUUCUUAGCCGGCGUCGCUUCACCUUUCGCCGUCUACACUGGCGCUUUGUGAGACCGCUGGCACUAGACCCAGAGCCAACAGGGGGGCUGGGACGAGGCGGGAGACCACUGUGGACAGCAUUCAUAUUUUUUCUUUUGAAAAAGAAGAAGAAAGGCAAACAAGGAGAGCUUUCAUUUGGUUGUGCAUUUGGUCGUUGGGGGAGGGAAUGGAAGGGAAUCUCGGAAGUUCACGAGGGGAGGAGCGGUGCCUUCCAACUACGUGAUCUUGUCUCAACGCAAUCACCUGCCCGUAACUUUGGAAAACCAACGUUCAUCCAUGAGGACGAUGAUGUGUCAGGUGUCAAAGUCCUACUGGUAGGCUGUCCCUUCUAA